AGGGCGUUCCCAUCCGUUAUGUAAAAAUAAUUAUUACCCACUAACAGAUUUGACGCAACAUUAAUAAAAUUGAAUUAAUACUAGCCACGUGAUCUUCCUUGGACUAGGGCUAUACUGUGACAGUUGUGGAGGUUGUUCAGCCGGACUCUAAUGAAAGCAGAAACCAUUUCUUUAAUGCCGUGCCGUUGUCCUCAUCGCGAGAGCCUGAGCCAAACUGUGAGAAAAGAGGAAAGAAGAACACACACACUUAAAGAAAAUUUCAGAUUUUUAUCAUCAAUGAAGAUAAUUUGGCGACUUCUAAGGGUCUGUGUCUUUGCUCUUCUUGUGAAUCCAUUUGCAGAGGCCUCGGUAAACGUGAUCACCGAGAAAUUGGAGGUUGUGAGAUCAGAUUUCCCAAGAGAUUUUAUGUUUGGAACAGCUACCUCUGCUGUGCAGAUAGAAGAAUCGGCAAACGGAGUGCGAGGGCCAAGCGUUUGGGACUCUUUCGCUCACAACUUCUCAGCAAAAUUUGCAGACCAUAGUACCGGGGACAUAGCCAUCAACUCAUACGAACGGUACAAGGCUGAAGGAAGCUUCUUUCUUUACAUUUACCCUGAAGGGCUGCAGAAACUCUUGGAAUACAUCAAGGACAGAUACCAAAACCCGAAAAUCUACAUCACUGAAAAUGGGAUUAAUGAGGCUAUGGUUGAUGGACUUGAGGAGGCUCUACACGAUCCGCACUGAAUUGCCUAUGUCCUUAGACAUCUGUAUAUGACCAGUAAAGCCUUGGAGUAAGUCAUCUGAAUCAAUUCAAUAUUUGCUUGCCGUAUUGGGCUGAUUUAGCUUAGACAUUGAUGCAAGCUCUGUUGCUACUCUGCAAUAUUUCACAGAAAUGGGGUGGAUGUGAAGGGCUAUUUCUACUGGUCUCUGUUCUACAGCUUUGAAUUCGGAUCAGGAUACAACUUAAGAUACGGAUUUUACUACAUAGAUUACAAGGACAACCUAAAGGGCAUCAUCCCCAAAGAGUCUGCCAAGUGGGUAUCUGAUUUUCUCAAGAGGCAGUGACACAAAGCCAGACUCAGAAGAAAGCUGCAACUUCAGGGCAUCCCCAUAUGGCAAAGGAAACUGUGGAAAAUGUACUGAUGCUCGUCUUCUUAAUGUAGGUGUGACUUUGGCUUGGGGCUUUUCCCCUUAUAUUCACAUAUGGAGUAUGAACAAAGUAGCAUAUGUACA